AUGUCGUUCACAGACAGACACAAUCUAUGUUCCUUUGGAUUAAUGAAAUUCACUAAUACGCCUGCAGCACCACCAAUGCCAUUUAGACAGAAUAUUUAUAAGAAGUUCAUUAAUCAGAUUGUAGCCUUAGUAAUUCGAAUGGAGCAUGAUCCAAACUUCAGAAUUCUGUCUCUUCUAGAAGGAGCAAAACUGGCAAUAAUGACAGUUUCAGGAGCUAUAGCAGAAGCCCGUUUUGAUGAGUUGAAGGGCCUAGUGGAUGAAAAGGCUAGAGGUGAAAUCGAGUUGAAUUGUAGUUUUAUGAGUGAUAAAAAAAGAAGGUUAUUAGAACUCUGUGAAGAAGAUACAUUACCUGGGACUAGUUCUAUAUAUCUAGAAAAUAUUCGAAUAAUUCAUCAGGAAAAAGGCAAUGUUGAAUUAGAAGCUUCCGUUGUUUUAAGUUACAUUCAGAAUUCUCAAGAACUUUUACGACAUACAGAAAGUACCGAAAAGCCACAUUUCAGGGAAGUUUUCUCGAAAGUUUUUGACAAUAUACAAAUCUGCCACUAUAUAUUUCGUAAGAAGAUAGCCAAAAACAGUGAAAACAGUUGGAUUAUACAGAGACUAGAACAUUUCGCUUCUAAACAUAUGUUAAAUCAUUGA